AUGGGUCUUUUUGAGCUGCUACCAGGCUUUCUGUCUCAAUCUGCCUAUAUCUUGGGUCUUUCUAUUCUUAUCAUCCUAUUUACAUCAUCAGUCAAGUCAUAUCAUCAUUUAGCCCACAUACCCGGGCCUUUUUUUGCCAGGUUCACAAACAUUCCCCGUUUCUUUUGGGUAAAGAGUUUCAAUGCCCAUAUAAUUCACAUCACUCUUCACAAAAAAUAUGGCCCCAUCGUACGUUUUGGCCCUAAUAUGGUGAGCGUGGGAGACCCAAACGAAAUAGGGACAAUAUACUCGUUCAAGAAACCAUGGCCAAAGUCAGAUUUCUAUCGAUCCCUACUGCUGAAGACACGGAGUAAACCGGUCGAAGGAAUAUUUGCCACUCAGAAUGAGGCAAUCCAUCGAGCAUUGAAGCGUCCUAUUUCCAACGUCUACUCAAUGAGCCACCUGGUUUCGUUUGAACCGUAUGUCGAUACCGCCAUGAGGGUAUUCUGCGAGCAACUUGAGAGUAGAUUUGCAAAGACGGAGAGCGGAAGUAGUAAAACUAUUCCGUGCAACUUUGGGCAGUGGUUGCAAAUGUUCGCUUUUGAUGUCAUGGGAGAAUUAACAUUCUCCCACCGGUUUGGGUUUAUGGAAAAAGGGGAAGAUAUAGACGGGGUUAUGGCGGAGCUUUGGAGUACCCUCCAAAAAACUGCUUUGGUGACCCAAAUGCCUUGGUUAGGAGACGUUUGGACAAACAACCCCAUUUUACGCUUUUUUAGAAAGAAUAUUCAAAGCCCCGGAGUGAUAUUCGCAAUGCGCAGAGUCCAAGAGAGGCGAGAAAUUGAAAAGGGUGAACUCCAGAAAGAAUGGACGAUAAACAACAGAGAUAUGCUUUCACGUUUUAUGGAAGUGGAAGCUAACGAUCCAUCAGUACCUCCAUUCGCGCUUCUGGUAUGGACCUCUUCAAAUAUUACUGCAGGCAGUGAUAGCACGGCAAUGUUCCUAAGGGCUAUGUUCUAUUAUCUAUUGCAUAAUCCGAGUACCCACAAGCGCCUGGUGGCAGAAUUUGACGAAGCGGCUGAAGCAGGGAAUCUCGACGAGCUUGCAGGAUUUAGGCAAGCCAAGGAUCUGCCAUACUUUAAUGCAUGCAUCAACGAAGCAGGCCGUAUGCAUCCUCCACUUGGACUUCCCAUGGAGAGGGUGGUUCCUGCAGAAGGUGCUAUUGUUUGUGGUCAGCGGCUGGAGGGCGGAACCGUGGUCGGUAUGAGUUCUUGGGUGGUUCAUCACCAUAAGCAAACUUUCGGCGAGGAUUGCGAUAAAUGGCGGCCAGAAAGGUGGUUGUGCAGCCCGGAGCAGUCAAAAUACAUGGAAAAGUGUCUUCUUACUUUCGGUGCCGGCCACCGCAACUGUAUCGGCAAGAAUAUCGCUCUCCUGGAAAUUUAUAAGAUCGUGCCGACAUUGUUAAGGCGUUUCCAUUUUGAACUCCUUGACCCUAACGAGGGUGGUGAUUGGGUUGUGCUGAAUCGGUGGCAGCUUGGCAAAGUGGGCCAGUAG